AUGCCAUCCUUGCCUAAUGAAGGAGAUAACCAAGGAACCUCUUGUCUGACUUUGAGUUCAGAACUGCCUUACCAAAGCACAAUUAAAAGAAAAGUCAGAAAGAAGAAAAAGAAUGGAAUCAUCACUGCAAACGUUGCUGGCACAAAAUAUGAAAUUGUUCGUUUAGUAAUAGAUGAGCUGGGGUUUGUGAAGACAAGAGAUGAAGAUGAGACUGCUAAUCUCAUAUGGAGUGAUUCUGCUGUGCAACAAGACAAGAUUGCUGAGCUCCGAAACUACCAGAGAAUCAACCAUUUUCCAGGAAUGGGAGAGAUCUGUAGGAAGGAUUUCUUAGCAAGAAACAUGACCAAAAUGAUCAAGUCUCAGCCUCAGGAGUAUAGUUUUAUUCCUCGAACAUGGAUCUUCCCUGCAGAAUAUAUGCAAUUUCAGAACUAUGUGAAGGAACUGAAGAAGAAGCGAAGACAGAAAACGUUUAUAGUCAAACCAGCUAAUGGUGCAAUGGGGCAUGGAAUCUCUCUGAUAAGAAAUGGAGAAAAACUACAAGCUCAGGAUCACUUGAUUGUUCAGGAAUACCUUGACAAACCAUUUCUUAUGGAAGGUUACAAGUUUGAUUUACGAGUGUAUAUUCUGGUAACAUCCUGUGAUCCAUUAAAAAUAUUUUUAUAUCAUGAUGGACUUGUGAGAAUGGGCACAGAGAAGUACCAUCCUCCCAGUGACUCUAAUUUGAGCCAGUUGUAUAUGCAUCUAACCAACUACUCUGUGAAUAAACAUAAUGAGCACUUUGAACGGGAUGAAACAGAAGAUAAAGGCAGUAAACGGUCCAUAAAAUGGUUUACUGAGUUUCUACAAACAAAUCACCUUGAUGUUUCCAAAUUCUGGAGUGAUAUUUCAGAACUAGUGGUGAAGACUCUCAUAGUAGCAGAGCCACAUGUCCUUCAUGCUUAUCGUAUGUGCAGACCAGGCCAAGCUCCCGGAAGUGACAGUGUCUGCUUUGAAGUACUGGGAUUUGAUAUCCUGCUGGACAGAAAACUAAAACCCUGGCUCCUGGAGAUUAAUCGAGCCCCAAGCUUUGGAACUGACCAAAAAAUAGACUAUGAUGUAAAAAAAGGUGUUCUACUAAAUGCACUAAAGCUUCUCAAUAUAAGGACAAGUGAUAAAAGGAGAAACUUAGCCCAACAAAAAGCUGAGGCUCAAAAAAGACUUUAUGGUCAAGGCUCAGUGAAAAGACUGUCACCAGGAUCCUCUGACUGGGAAAAACAGCGCCACACGCUAGAGAGGAGAAGAGAAGAACUGAAAGAAAGACUUGUGCAAGUUCGUAAACAGAUUUCCAAAGAAGAGCAUGAAAACAGACACAUGGGGAACUACAGGCGAAUUUACCCUCCUGAUGAUAAGCUGUUACUUGAAAAAUAUGAGAGUUUGUUAGCCAUUGCUUUCCAGACGUUCCUUGCUGGGAGAGCAGCUUCACUUCAGCGGGAGCUGAAUAACCCUUUGAAAAGAAUGAAGGAGGAAGACAUUUUGGAUCUUCUGGAGCAAUGUGAACUAGAUGAUGAAAAACUGAUGGGAAAAUCCACCAGGCAACGAGGACCCAAGCCCCUGUCUUCUAUGCCAGAAAGUUCACAGACCUUAAAAAAACAGAGGAACUACAGUAGUGAGAGUAGCUGUGACAGCAGCAGCAACACAUCAGAAUGGGAGGAGGAAACUGAAAAGGAAGAUCACAAUGAGAAAAAAGAGAUGAAAGUGUCAUAUGAGCUUGAAGAAAACAAAUAUAAAUUAUUAGAGCGAUCCAGUCCUAUAAGGCGUUCUGUAAGCUGUCCCCGUUCAAUAUCAAUCUUCGCUAUGCAGUCACAAGCCGCUGAGCAACGUCCCUUUUCAGCCAAACCUGCAGUGCAAAUGCCACGUCCAUCGUCAAUGAAUAGGUCCCAUUCUUUAAAUCGUAAUUCAUCUUCAGUCAGAAUGUGUAAUACUGCUAGUCUGGGCACAGUACACUCUUCAGGGAGAACAAAAGAGCAAGAAGAGGCAUUGACGAGAGAGACACUGUUCAUUUUCAAUGAUAUGAGGAUCAAGUUCCCAGGAAAAACAGAUGAAGAGGCAGAAUUAAUUAUAGAAAAUAUUAUGGAUAAUUGGAAAUACCAUAAAACAAAUGUGGCUUCAUAUUGGCUGAUAAAACUGGACUCUGUUAAACAACGAAAGGUUUUGGACAUAGUGAGGACAAGUGUCCGUGCUGUUCUGCAACGUGUCUGGAGGGUUUCUGACGUUGAAUGUUUACAUUUAUACCGUAUUUUUAACCGUGUGUUUAAUCGCUUACUCUGGAGCCAUGGCCAAGGCUUGUGGAACUGUUUCUGUAAUUCAGGAAGUUCUUGGGAGACCAUAUUCAGUAAAAGGACAGAGGUGGUGACUCCUGAACAACUCCAGUGUUGUCAACGAAUUGUACAGCUUUGUAAACACUGCCUGCUGGUGGCUUACAAAUAUUCAGCAGAUUCAAGAGGAUCUCUUACUGGAAUUAGCCCUGACUGGGAUGAUACAAGGUAUUUACUGCCAGGACCUUCACAGUUCAUCAUGAAAACAUCCUCCAACUUUAUCUGCACUUCAUCCGGAAUACCUCGCUCUAACAUUUUGUUUACACCCAGGUAUAGCCACUUGUGAAACAAAGACAAGGGUGCCAUGCUUGAUAAAUAAUGGCAGUCCAUUUUUCCAGUUUAAAUUUGUGAGGGAUAUAAGCACUGUUAUAUAUUUGCCACAGUACAUAAAAUAAAAUUUAGCUGAAAUCCUACUGUAAAAGCAGAGACUUUCUGGAAAUGUAAUAAACCUUGUUAAGUUGUUUACACAAAUAUGUGAAUGUCUAGAUCUUGCUAGGUUUAUAAGUAAUUCCUUCCUACUAGAAAUGUUAUUUUUGCUGCAAUAUAUAAAAUGGAAUUAAUCUUGGAGAUCCUAUUACAGUGUUAAAUUUAGGUACAAUAUCUUUUAACUUGAAAUAUAUUUAUUGUAAAUCAUACUGUUUAUUCUCUCCUAGAUGAUAAAAAGCCUGUUGUAGAACAGUAAUAGUAAUUAAAUAUAAGUAGUCUGAUCAUUUCUAUAGCACAUUUUAAAACAUUGUAGAAGCAAGAUCUAAUAUACAGACAUAUUUGUAUUUCUCCUAUGAAAUUACAAGGUAUGUGUAAUAAUGUUGUUUUUCAGUAAGGACAUAAAGUAUCUUUUAGUCUAAAUGAAGACAAUCCAGAGGGUAAAUAUUCAAAUAUACCAGUCCUGGCAAGUAGCUUCUAGUUGGAACCUUGUAAUAAACCAGAAGGUAACGGUUAUUGUCAGAUCUUCCUUCA